ACUCCCCUAUAAAACCACGAGAAACCCUAGCCGACGCCGGUGUAGAUCACGCUGUGCUUCUCCAGAAAUGGCGAAAUCGAAGAACCAUACGGCGCACAACCAGUCGUACAAGGCUCACAGGAACGGGAUCAAGAAGCCUAAGAAGCACCGGCACACCUCCACCAAGGGGAUGGAUCCAAAGUAUCUUAGAAACUUGAGAUACUCAAGGAAGCAUAAUGAGCUCAACAAGAAGGCGGCUGCUGCCUCUGGUUCUGAGAUGGAGCAGUAGAGGAAUGAGCGUGGAGACAGAUAGUUUCUCCCUUUUAUAUUUGAUUAUGUUUUAGUUUCUUUUUGCACCACUAGUAUGUUACAGUGUUUUAUCAAGUAGCCUUAGCUGUUGAUAAGCAAUGAUGUAGCAAUCACAUUGCUCAAUUUAUGCUUUAAGAUAUUUUACCCUAAUCUUCUAUGAAGCAAUUUGAAUUACUUGUUC